UGUACGAGAAAAACAUUUUAUUUUCAAGUUAUUGUUUAAACGCUAUUAAUAUUAAUCGAAGUCUGAAUUGAAUAAAGUUUAGCUUAGUGUACGCUGUUGAUUUAGAUAACUCAUAGCUGGUACUUUCGUGUUUACAAUGGAGUCAACAACGCUAGAUGCAAAGGAAAUGUGUAUAAAACUUGAACCCUACAACGAUAUUUGUGGGAAAAAAACAGCAGAAACUAUCGAAGAUGUAUGUAUAACAGCUGAGCAUCGGCAGGGUAUGCAAGUAAAAACCGAGACAAAUGACAGUGUGAGUGUGAAAGAAGAACACCAUAAACAAAAUUUAAAAAUGGAAUUGUCUUGCUCAAAAGUUCGUGACGAGAAUUCUAAGGAUGCUUCUGGGCUGUAUGCUGACCAUAUUGUAAAAGAUGAGCAUGUACUUGGCCCCGAGAUAAUGGAGAGGCCAAUGCAAGGCAACACUCAGAAAAGGAACAAAGUGAGAAGCCCUAUUAUAAUUAUGAAUGUGAGCAUUGUAGUUUCAAAACAGCCAGAAAGUCCUCUCUAGGUCGUCAUAUGAGUACUCACAGAGAGUCUCGCCAGUUGAACAAAGAUGUCUUUUCUGGAUUUAUAAAUCAACAAAAAUCUAAAUUUAAACGGCUCAGAAAGAAAUGCACUGGUAAUGAACCUUACAGAUGUAGGAAAUGUAGUUUUGCCAGUGACUCGAAAGGUGGUUUAAAAAUUCACCAACUGGGUCAUGGCGAGAAAAAGUACAAAUGUGACCAGUGUAAUUACCAGACUGCCAGAAAGUACUCGCAUGUAAGGCAUAUGAACACACAUUUAAAGAGUUACUUAUGUAGUCAGUGUAGUUAUGCUGCUACCUCUAAACAGGAUUUAAUCAGUCACAAAACUAUUCAUAGGAAAAAAGACAGGAAGUACAAAUGUGACUAUUGCGGUUACGCGACUGCUAAAAGGUCAGUCUUAAUAUGCCAUAUAAGGAUACACACUGGUGAAAAACCCUUCGAUUGUAAACAAUGUAGUUACACCACAACCACCAAUUCAAAUUUAAUUAAUCAUAUAAAAAACCAUGGAGAGAAGCUUUACAAAUGCGGUCAAUGUAAUUUUGCUACCGCGCACAAACAAAGUAUGAAAGGUCAUAAAGUGAAACACUCUGGUGUAAAACCGUACAAAUGUGACUUAUGUGGUUUUGCUACUGCGUUCAAGACCAUAUUCGCAUCGCAUAUACUGACGCAUUCUGAUGAAAAAAUAUACAAAUGCAGCCAGUGUAGUUACGUAAGCGCUGACAGAGAUAGUUUACGAAUUCAUAUUAAGGUACACAAUGGUAAGAAGCCUUACAAAUGUGAUCAAUGUAACUAUGCAACUGUAGGACAUACUUUUCUGCUUGAUCAUAUAAUGACACACAGUGAUGAAAGCCGACACGAUGGUGAAAAACGAUACAAAUGUGAUGAAUGUGAUUAUGCUGCUAUCCAUGAAAGUUCUUUACUGAGGCAUAAGAAGAGGCACAAGGGAGCAAAAGUCUGUAAAAACCCCACAGAAACAUUUGGACCACUUGCUGAUAAAACUUGUGUGAAACUUGAAACCGUACCAGUAUCUUUUGAAGGGUCACUAGAUUCACAGAACAAAAUGGCAAUGAAAAUAAAAAAGGAAGAAUUAGAUUGUGCUACUGCCUCCAAAGAUAAUUCCUCAUCAAAUAACACAGAUUCCGAUGGAAAACUAUACAAAUGUUCCAAAUGUAGCUAUACAAGUGCUGACAAACAAAAUUUACGAACACAUACGAUGUCACACAGUAAAAAGCCCUAUAAAUGUGACCAAUGUAGUUUUGCGUCUGUAGGAAGAAACAGCUUACUUGACCAUAUGAUGACACACUGGUGAGAAGCGACACAAGUGUCUACUGUCCAUAAAAGUAUGUAAUUGAACCAAAAGUGCCAUAAAGAAGAAAAACAUUGUGAAUAUCUGGCUGGUCCUGACCAGCUCUACAACUUUUAGAGCAACGCCAUCUGUUAAAAUGUCUAAUAUUCUAUUUAAAUUCUUUAUUAAAAUUACAAAACUCUUAAAAGACAUUAUUAUUCACACUUCGGUAGGUUUCUAAUUUUCAAUUGUUUCUAACCCUUCGAUAAUUGAUGUCAGUGUGGAUGGAGUGGGAUUAAACAUUGUCAAUGCUCACUUGAUGGUUUGAUUUUCUAAUUUAAGAUUUUGCCAAACAUUAAAAUCCGAAAUA